AAUAUCCACUAUACCCGACCAAUUGAACUACCCGGCUCAGCUGCUACAAGCCGAGGCCCGUUUCGAUCAGGCUGUUUCCAUCAAAAGUGAAAAAAUAAGUACUGUUUUGUCCUCUUGGCGCGAGGCACGAGGGAGACUUCAGAGGAGAAAGUGAGACAGUUUUUUUUUUUUCUGAGAAUGCGGCGAUCCUGAGGUUAAAGAAAAAAAAGGCGGUUUGCUGCUCACUGAGCGAUCAACAAGUUGGAGUGUCUUUGAAUGCGAGAACUACAUGAAACCCCCUCAGCCUCGACAGGAACAGAGGAAGAGCAGCAGCAGGGCCGCCGUACAUUUUGAGACUACGCUACCUGUCCGCACACAGUGAAGGGAACUGAGGAUGCUGUCCCGGCUGAGCGAGCUGAUAUGGGCCGACUGGAUUUGGUUUCCUGAAGGCCACGGCUGGGCUGACCUGGAGGACCACGAUGGCAAAGUCUUCCCUAAACCUAAGGACCUCUGGGCUACUGUACCCAUCGCUCUCUGCUUCCUGGUCAUCAGGCAGAUAUUCGAGAGGACAGUAGCGAGUCCUCUCGCCUCCCUGCUGGGAGUGACUGACAAGAAGCGCGUUUGUGCUCCCCCAAAUCCCGUCCUGGAGGCCUAUUUCUGCAGCACAUCAAAGCAUCCCACACAGAGCUCCGUAGAGAGUUUAAGUAAACAGACAGACUGUUCAGUGCGACAGGUCCAGAGGUGGUUCAGGCAGCGGAGGAACCAGGACCGGCCCAGCAAGCUCAAAAAAUUCCGGGAAGCAAGUUGGAGAUUUACCUUUUACCUUAUUGCUUUCUUUGCUGGCCUGGCAGUCCUUGUUGAUAAACCAUGGUUCUAUGAUAUGAAGCAGAUGUGGGAUGGCUUCCCAAAAAUGCCACUGUUGCCUUCACAGUACUGGUACUACAUGAUCGAAUUAGGCUUCUAUAUCUCGCUGCUUUUUAGCGUAGCAUCGGAUGUCAAACGUAAGGAUUUCAAAGAGCAGAUUAUUCACCAUGUGGCCACCAUUGCCCUCAUCAGCUUCUCCUGGCUGGUCAACUACAUCCGGGGAGGGACUUUGAUCAUGGUAGUGCAUGAUGCCUCUGACUAUUUCAUGGAGUCAGCCAAAAUGUUCAACUACGCAGGUUGGAGGAAAACCUGCAACUUCAUCUUCACCGUGUUUGCUGCAGUUUUCAUCGUCACCCGCCUCAUAAUCCUCCCUUUCUGGAUCAUACACACGACGUUGGUGUACCCCCUGACCCUCUACCCCCCCUUCUUCGGCUUCUACUUUUUCAACGGGCUAAUGUGUGUGCUGCAGACUCUGCACAUCUUCUGGGCCGGGCUCAUCUUGCGCAUGGUUGUCAAAUUCCUGCCAGGCAACGACAUUGUUGAGGACGAGCGGAGUGACAAAGAGGAGACCGAGUCGGAAGAUGAAGGCGAUGACCGCGAGCAGAGGGAAAAAUCCAAAAACGGCCACGUGCAGAACGGCCACGCUCGCCUCAACAACAACCACAGUAAGACGGACUGAUGGGACUGUGAGAGCUGGAGAUGAGGCUGGGUGGGGAGUGACGAUUGGCCCUCACACGUGGCCCUCACCUGAAAGCCAAAGAAUGGGAGGAUGGCAUAUUGAAAGGGGCAGCAGGCAGCACACACACACACAAACGUACACACACAUAUAUCUAUAACCUCCUUUCUGAAGCCCCGGCACUCCAAUGUGGAUCAAUUCAGUCCUCUGUGGAUCCUGUUAAAUAAAAUGGAGAGAAGGGGACUGUGAUGGAGAACCACAAUGAUCUGCUUAGAGCAUAAGCAGAGGGGUUUUCGUGUUACACACACCACCUCCUCUUUUCUCUCUCCAUCUAGUCUGUUUUGCUAUUCGCCAAGAUUUUGUGCUGUUGACCAAGUCGCCACAUGCCGAACCUGCCUGCUUGUAGCUUUAUGUUCUGGUACCAGAAGUGCUUUAAAGAGAUGCUGAGGUGAGGACGGGCAUCCCCUUCCUGCACAGUCAGUUAAAACAUAUUACUGCCCUUUAACCGCAAUGAUUUGUGCUCCAAAUGACCACACUGAAGUCAUGACAUUGUGAGGAGCAUUGAGGUGAAUGCUGCGAUGUCUCUCUGUGGACCAUAACCUGAUUUAAGUCUAUUUGCUGAAGUCCAGAGCAUCAAUUAACAUUGAAUUUGUGCAAGUUAGUUGGCAGCUGCCAUUUUGUCACUUUGGUUCUUGCCAGUGGUUUUGCUAAAAUAUAUUUGUUCAAGUGUUGUUUAAAACAAAAUAAUUGGAGAUAAAUAAUGUUUUUUAACGUUCUGAAAGAGUGCGAGAAGGUGCUACAUCUGCCAUGUGUGUUGAAAUGUGCCUUUUGUUGAGGUUUGUCCGAAAUGCUUUGCCUUUUGGAGAGAAGAAGGCACAGAUGUCAUUUUAAAUGUUUGUUUUGUUUAUGUUUAAUCUCUUCGUAGUUGUAUGAUUUUAUUUUGCUUUAUGUUUUAUUUGUUUUCAGUCCAGUCGACGGUUUAAAUUUGGGAGCAAUUUGUUUGAGUGUAACCCAAACCAAUCAGUAACUGUUUAUGAAUUCUUUAUGGGCUGGACGAGUCAAUAGCAUUUCCAUUCAGUGUUGUUUUUCCCAUCCAUCCAAAGAUGCACUUUAUGGUUUCUUUUAUGGAUCAGCAUUGACUAAAUAUCUAGUAAAAAAAGCUUAGUAAUAGUGUUUGAUUCAAAUUCAAACCUGAUUUCUUUUUAGUUAGAGAGGUUUGGAGUACGAUUUAAAUUUUGUUUCAUAUUUAUUCUAAGUAUUAUCUCCCUGAGAUCUUCCUCUUUGUCAGUGUUUUGGUUUAUUUUGUAAAAAGAAAAAAAAGUUUAAAGAAAUCUUUAGUAAAGAGGUAAAAAUGAAACACCAAAGUAUGGUUUACAUUUUGUACUACCUUGUCAUUAGCAAGUGCCUUCAUCAUUUCAUUAAGUGUUAAUUGUAAAGGAGAAAAAGUACUUUCAGUCCCUUUGUCUUUAUUUCUGCCCCAACGCAUCCAGCAGUCACUGCACUGUAACGCUCCGGGCCUCUAACUUUCCUCGGUUCAAGACGACCAAUCACCUGCAGCUUCGCUUCUACAGAAAGUGUUUUUAUUCUGCAUAAUGUGUUGCUGAGAUGUAAAAUCUUAAUGACGACAACGAUAAAAAUAAGUGUGGAU